GCGCGUCCGUCAUUUUGUCAUAACCUCUAUUGUGACGUGAUGUGAGCAGAGUGGGUCCUUCGUAAAUCUAGGGAAAAAUUAAAGGGACUUUCUUGCAUUUUUCUAAACGUAUGACAAAAUCUAAAGGGAUGAUAUCAAGUUGGAACGCGAAGGAGUUAGCUGCUGCCGCAAAUUGGUCUAGACAAUAUCAACCAGCAGCACCAGGUAACAGUAAUGAAAAUCACGAGGAUGCAGAGUCAAAUGAGGGAUCAAAACAGUCAGAGACACCAGAAUGGGAAAGAGCAAGGCAAGCGUUAGCCAAAGUGAACCCACAGAUUUCUAACUCACUAGUGAAGUCUUCACCCAAAGCUAACAAUAGCAAUCCUGGUGCUAUGACUUCCUCGAUUCAGCAGCAGCCAAUGAUGUACCAACAGUACUAUCAACAGUAUUACCCACCAUGGAGUGGCUACAACUAUCAGUACCCCUAUCCUGGGUACUUACCAGCUUACCCUAUGCCCCCUUCACAACCAAGUGUACCUCCACCUCCACCCUACCAACCAUCACCUCCUUCAGUACUGUCAUCAACAGCAAGCAGCGUAAACUCAACUGAGAACAUAAACACAACACCAACUGAACAAACAAGUGACCAGAACACCUUAAAUGAGCAUAAAAAACCCAGUACUUAUCAGCCAAGACAGCCUUGGCAAGCUAGAAAUCAGCAUCAUCCUCCAUUUUCACAUCAAAAUGAAAAGGAGGAAAAUGACAGAGAACAAGGAAGCAGGCAUACUUUUGUACCCCGGCAGCAACGUAGUUCUCAUGCUGAUGCUUUGAAGCAGCAAAAUGAUGAGAACAGCAACAGAGAGCAGGGAAGCAGGCAUACUUUUGUGCCACAGCAACAACGAACUUCCUAUGCUGAUGCUUUGAAGAAUCAAAAUGAUGAAAACAGCAACAAUAAUAGACAGCCAUUUUGGAAACAGUCUAAUCAGCAAAAGUGGAACCCAGGUGGAAGUUUAAAUAAUAAUAGCUUUUCUUCACCAAAUACAAAGAAGUUUAGACCAUCAGUUGAGAGAAGGGAAAGUCUUUCACAAGAUGAACACUCGAGACCUUCACCUUGGACAGAGCCAACAAAACCAAGAAGUCCAGGAAGGAAGCAGCAACGGCAGCAACAACAAGAGCAGCAGCACUUGAGAAAACCAGAGAGAGAAAAAUCUCCACCUAAAGAGGAUACAAGAGAUGAAGCUUCACUUCCAGCACAAAAGUGGCCACCAAGUUUAAGGGACUAUGUGCAGAGAGCAUUUGAGAAGUGCGAAACAGAAUCUGAUAAAGAUCAAACAGAACAGUUCCUGAAGAAUAUGCUGGCUUCAGCCUUCAGAAAUGGCACUGCUUGGGUAGUUGACUGGAACAAAGAACCUUUGCCUAGUCUGAGAAGGUCACCCCCAGAGGGUAAAAAGCUCCCUAGAUGGCAUCCUUCAAGGAGGAGGUCACCACCUACCACUCGGAGAGAAAGAAGAAGAGAAAGGAGCAGGAGUUUAUCACCUUCAAGAAGUGGCAGUAGGAGUAGGAGCAGGAGCAGGAGCAGGAGCAGCAGUAGGAGUAGAAGUAGAAGUGUUAGUCCUGAUAGCAAAACAAGGUUGAAAGGAUUUGAUCCUAAACGACUUGGAAAGAAAUUGCCUAAAACUAAGGGAAAGGGAGGAAAAGCUCAGAAGGGGAAGAAGAAUGCAAAAGGGCCACAAAUAGCAAAUUACAAUGCUACUGCUGACCCUAAAGCUCAAGAAAAGAUACAAAAACGGGCAGAGAGAUUCAAGUCGACUUUAGCUCCUCAACAAGCCACACCAACUCGUAUUUUAAACACCAUCCAUUCUUUGUCGUUUGGUGAAGAUGGUGAAGAAAUGGAUUGGAGCAAAUACCACACAGUUGGAACAUGUGAAGACUUAGAAAAACCCUACCUCAGGCUUACUUCGGCACCAGACCCCUCCACUGUCCGUCCAGUUGAAGUACUUGGCAAAUCUAUGGAAAUGAUAAAAAGCCAUUGGAAAGAAAAGCAAGACUACACUUAUGUUUGUGAGCAACUCAAGUCUGUCCGUCAGGAUCUGACUGUGCAAGGGAUUAGAGAUGCCUUCACCGUAAAAGUCUAUGAAACUCAUGCUAGGAUAGCCUUAGAGAAGGGAGAUAGAGAGGAGUUCAACCAGUGUCAGACACAGCUCAAAGCCUUGUAUGCUGAAAAUUUGCCGGGAAAUGUUGUAGAGUUUACUGCCUAUAGACUGCUUUAUUAUAUUCUCACCAAAAAUACUCUGGAUCUGACAACAGCCUUGGCUCAUCUAACAAAAGAAGAGAAAGCGGACCCGGCAAUAAAACACGCAUUAUUAAUACGUUCAGCUUGGGCUCUGUCUAAUUAUCACACUUUUUUCCAGCUCUACUUGAAUGCACCCAACAUGUCGGGCUAUCUAUUAGAUCUCUUUGUACAGCGCGAGAGAGUCCAAGCUCUGAAGGCCAUGAUCAAAUCAUACCGUCCCACAAUACCUGCCUCCUUCGUUGAAUCCGAGUUAGGUUUCAUUGAAGAAGGAGAGUGUCUCAAGUUCUUACAAGAUCUAGGCGUUGUCCUCACCGCAGAUGAAACCAAGGUCGACUGCAAGCUCUCCCAGGGAGUCCUGACAGCGAGCUGACCCGUCCUGUUCCGCGCCAACUCGUCCCGUCAAGUCUUGGAUUAGUUAGGAAAAAGCAAAUUUGAUUUUUAGGCGAAUAUGCAGUAGGCACUCUAUAAAUUUAAGCCCACUUCAUAUUUGCCACCAGGUGUUUCUGUUGGUAUAGGAAAAUGUAGGUUUUCUUUUAACUUAAUUAUUCUGUAAAUCUUUCAAGAAUUCCGUGAGAACUCGCUGAAAGCUUUGAAGCGAGUAUAUUGAUUAACACAUCAUCCGUAAGUAUUGUAUCGUAGUAUUUGCUGGCUGUCCAGUAUGUCAAGAGAUUGGUUACGUACCGUGUGUGCAGGUUGCUGAUGUUGCUGUUCCCUGACUGCACUCGUUUGUCAGACUUUGUCUCUUUCAGGCCACAACAAGCAAGACUGGAAAUAAUCUACCUCAAGACUGGUCUGUAUAUCAAGUUCAAGAAAAUUAAUUAUUCAAAAGAUGUGUAUUUAUAAACUGUUUCUUAAAUAAAUAUGAGGUUUGUACGUAUCAGCUGUAA